AUGGCUGGAGUUGAGGUUCAGCUGCACCAUGUUUUCGGUUUGCGAGCAGCAGUGAGGAAUAAUUUGAUCUUUCUUGAUGAACAAACGGUCAUUUUUCCGUGCGGGAACAACUGCGCGCGCUACAGCACCCACCAGCGGUGCUACAAGUUCAUUGCAGGUACGGAGAGGAGCCGGGGUAUGCAGGCGCUCGCCGUCAGCCCCAACUGGCGCUACCUGGCUGUGUCAGAGCGCGGCGAGAAAGGCACCAUUACCAUCUAUGAUCUGCAACAUGAACAAAGCCGUAAGAGGAAGGUGCUGACAGGCGGCGAUGUCGGCGUGCAGGAGUUUGUCUGUAUGGCAUUCUCUCCUGACUCAAAGUACCUGCUGGGCCAGGGUGGAGGACCCGAGUGGACCAUCUUCUACUGGGUGUGGGAGAAGAAUAAGGUCAUGGCUACAGUGAAGAGCACAAAUGCUGGCCCUGUCUAUCAGGUCAGCUUUAACCCACAGGAUAAUACACAGAUCUGUGUGAGUGGGAACGGUGUGUUCAAGCUUUUCCGCUACGUCGAUGGUACCCUGAAACAGACCAACUCUGCAAAGUUGGAGACGCAGAACAUCCUGUCUCAUGCAUGGAUGUCUGCAGAGCGCAUCAUCGCUGGAACAGAGACGGGACGACUGCUGGUGUUCGAGUCGGGAGACCUACGUUGGGAGAUGAGCGUGGCCAGUAAGAUGACUGAACAGGAGAAUGAGAGACAAACGGAGCAUGAUGCCCCAGCAGCUCCGGCCUUGAUGCCACGAGUGACAGUCAUCAAGGCUUAUUCUAAAGGCUUUGCAUGUUCAGCUGGUCCAGGAACUGUGUGUCUGUUUGAGAAAACGGAGGAGAAAGACAACUACAGACAAAUCAGGGAAAUAAAGAUACCUCCAGACCCGUGCAGCAACGAGCUAAGUCAGGUGGAGCAGCAGGAGAUCACCACGAUGUGUAUCAGCCCAUCAGAGGAGACUUUGGCUGCCAGUACAGACCGAAGCCAAAUCUACCACAUUGCACUCGCCACGGCUGAGAUGAGCAAGGGUACACGGGCUCACUUUGAGUUUCUGUCCCACUCUCUUCACUCGGGGACCAUCUCCGGUCUGUCCGUCUGUAUCCGCAAACCGCUCAUCGCCACCUGCUCCAUGGACCACUCCAUACGCAUCUGGAAUUACGAGACUGGUGCUUUGGAGUUGUAUAAAGAAUUCCAGGAGGAAUCAUACAGCGUGGCCCUGCACCCAUCCGGCCUCUUCAUCCUGGUGGGCUUCGCCGACAAGCUCCGCCUCCUGAACUUGCUAAUUGAUGACAUCCGCACAUUCAAGGAGUUCACCGUGCGCAGCUGCCGAGAGUGUGUAUUCAGCCACGGGGGUCACAUGUUCGCCGCUGUCAACGGUAACGUGAUUCAUCUCUACUCCACCAUGACCUUUGACAACAUCCUGAAUCUGAAAGGUCACGGCGGCAAGGUUCGGUCGGUGGUGUGGAGCGCUGAUGAUAGUCAUCUGGUGUCGUGUGGGAUGGACGGAGCCGUGUAUGAGUGGAACGCUUUGAACGGCCAGCGUGAGUCCGAGAGCGUGUUGAAGUCAUGCAGUUAUACCAGCUUGGCGCUUUCACCUGACACCAGGAGCAUCCUCGCUGUGGGCAACGACUGCACGCUGAAGGAGAUCCAGGACUGUCAGAUCCUGAGGGAAGUGGCCUCCGAUGAUGUGAUCUACACGGCCGUUGUCAUGACUCACUCAGGCCGAGCACUCUUCACCGGGACCACCAACGGCACCAUAAGGGCUAUCAAGUACCCUUUACUCAUGCAAAAAGAUUGGACCGAGUACCAGGCCCAUUCUGGUCCCAUCACCAAAAUGGUGAUCACGUUCGAUGAUCAGUACCUGCUGAGCACAUCAGAAGAUGGCUGUCUCUUCAUCUGGAAAAUCAUUGAGCAUGAAGGACGCGGGCUGAAGGGGGACAAAGAAAUGAGCUAUGCAGAGGAGGUCCUCAUCACCAAGACUGAUCUGGAGGAAAAGAACCAAAUCAUGCUGGAACUGAAGACCCGGGUGGAAGAGCUGAAGAUGGAGAACGAGUACCAGCUGCGUCUUAAGGACAUGAACUACAACGAGAAGAUCAAGGAGCUCACAGAGAAGUUCAUCCAGCAGAUAGAAUCACUUACAACACAAAACCAGGUGCUGAAAUUGGAGAAGGACAAGCAAGAGGUCGCACACCAAGGGGCACUAAAGGACAUUAUAGAGAAACACACUAAAGAGCAGCAUGAUCUGGAGUCCACCAACAACCAAAAGCUGAUGCUGGAGUACGAGAAGCACCAGGAGCUGCAGCUGAAAUUGCAGAGGACGCAGGAGAGCUACAAGGAGAAGUUGCACGAUCUGGAGGACAGCCGUCUGCGUGCCCUGGAGGACACGACGCAAUUCUACGAGGCCAAGCUGCAGGAGAAGGUGCUCGAGCUGGACCAGUGUCGGGAUGAAUCUCAGCAGCAGUUGCGAGAGUUUGAGGAAAUAAAGAAACAGAUCGAGGAAGACGGCGAUCUUGAGCUCCACGACAUCCGUGUCAAAUAUGAACGCAAGCUCUGGGAGGAAAAGGAGACCAACCUGAAGCUCAGUGGAGAAACAAGAGUCAUGAAGAAGAAGUUCACCAGCCUGCAGAAAGAGAUCGACAACCGCAACCUGGACAUCGAGAAGCUGAAGGUGGAGCAGCAGAAGCUGCAUGGAGUCAUCAAGGCCCUGGAGAAGGACAUCAUGGGACUGAAGAGGGAGAUCCAGGAGAGAGACGAGACCAUCCAGGACAAGGAAAACCGCAUCUAUGAUCUUAAGAAGAAGAACGAGGAGCUUGAGAAGUUCAAAUUUGUGCUAGAUUACAAGGUUAAUGAGCUGAAGAAGCAAAUUGAGCCACGAGAGAAUGAAGUGAAGGAGAUGAAGGAGCAGGUCCAUGAGAUGGAGGCUGAACUGGAACAGUUUUGUAAGAAGAACACUCAGCUGGAGCUUAUCAUCUCUGAGGUGAAGCUGAAGCUCAAAGCCACAGAUAAGGAGAAGCAGAAAGAGAUGCAGAGGGUCCGAGAUGUAGAAGCUCUACUGCACAGGUUUAAGACCGAUCUUCACAACUGUGUGGGCUUCAUUCAGGAGCCUAAGAAGCUGAAGGAGAGCAUUCGAGAGAUAUAUGAACGUUAUGUCCAACAGUCAGAUGUGGUGGAGAUAGUGGGUGUAGAUGCUGACGUCCAGCGAGAGUUCAACAGGCAGAGGGAGCACAUGGAGAGGAACAUGGACUCACUCAAAAGGAGACUAGCAAAGGACAUCAAAGUGCAUGAAGCAAAGAACAUCAAGCUCAUGAAGGAGAACGUCUUCCUUCUCAAAGAAAUUAAUGACUUGCGGACGGAACUGAGGCAGACGCGAGCGCAGAUCCAUGACUACGAAAGCCGGAGUGGCUUCAAUAAGAACAAGUCCAAGAGUGCCACGUGCAUCAAGCCGCCGUCCUCGGUGGCGUCACGGCUGAACUUUGAGGGCGAGGCCGAACGCAUCAUCCAGCAGCAGCGCCUCGAGAUCCAGCGGCUAAGGCAGGAACUGCUAGGUCAAGGUCAAGAUCAAGGUCAGGAUCAAAGCUUCGUCCUGCCCAGCCUGCCAAACAACAUCAAACUACCGGCCCUCACCACAUGA